AUGUUUGUAGAGUGCUUCGACUGUGACUGUGUCUCUGGCCACACAUCAGUGAGUGGUGUUUAUGAAAUCACCAGCCCAGUAACAAACAACAGCACCCAAGUGGAGUGUGUAAUGAAGGAUGGACACGGAUAUACAGUAAUCCUCCAGCGACAUGACGGAUCCGUUGACUUCAACCGGACGUAUGCCGAGUAUCGGGACGGGUUUGGGUCGCCGUUCACAGAAAUGUGGCUUGGAAAUGAAUAUUUUCAUCGUCUGUCCUACAAUUGGUAUUCCCGUCUGUACAUUGAGUUGAAGUACAAUGACUCUAGUGUCCGAUACGUGGAGUAUAUUGAUGUCAGUGUAUAUCCUGCCUCGGCUUAUUAUUGUCUUCUUCAUUACGGCAUGAUGGCAGGAAAUGCAAGUGACAAAUUAUUUUAUAAAACGCGCUAUCCUUUUGGGGCCAACGACCUGGAUCCCUAUGGCUGCAAGUGUCCUUUGUUGAUGUACGGUGGGUGGUGGCACGGUUGUUGUUCAAACCCAUGCGGUCUGACCAUGCCUUAUAACGACCCCACCUAUCCAUUUGGAUGGGACUGUAGCGAAACAACUAUCAAACUAACGAGUGUAAAAAUGAUGGCUAGCAAAAUGUGAAACUUUCGCAACAAUCUGCAGAACCUAUCACAUGUCGGUCGUAUUUCAAUAAGACUUGGUGUAAAUUACAAAAACCUAGAUAACUUGUGUCAAAUAUAUAUAAUUUAUAGUGUUUGUUAUCGUAAUAUUUUUAAAUAUUUGUUACUCAAAUAGUUUUUUCACGUUACAGUGAAUGUACACGUUUUGUCAUUCUUGAUUUUUUUAUUUUUAAAAAAAGUUUAGAGCCCGCAUGAUGGCGAAUUUUAUUUCAAAAUUUGAUCGUUGCUUUAAAUUAACUGCUUUGUACCUUUUUAUAUAAACGUUCAAAAACACGUUCGUAGCAAAAGCAAUAGAAAAAAAAUAUGUCUGAUGUAUUUAAGAAUCAGUUCAAAGUGUAUAAUGGGAUCGAACUAGAAUCUUUAAAAUCUAGAUACUUAUCAUAACUUAUCAGGUCUUUCGGCAGGGCUCAAGUAAAUAAAUUGAGCGAACGACAUUAUUUUUGUUUUAGAUGCACUAUAUUCUUUUGAUAUUUUGACUUAUAAACGCUGACGUUAAUAUCUUGAUGGUUUGUUAGUCAAUUUUUUGGGGGAUAAAUUUUCAGUUAAAAUCUACAUCCGGUAUCCAGUAGACCCCGUUUUAAUAGAUAUCAAAGUUUGUUUUUGCCCUGAC